AUGCCCCAAGAGGAAUCACCACCGCCCUGUAAUGAAAAAGGUGAAAUCAAGGCACUGGUCUUUCGCAUCGCCAAUAACAUGGAUGGAACUAUUCCACCUGAGAUUUCUUUUCUUGGCAAGAGCUUGCAACUAUUGAUGCUGAGUCGGCAACAUCAACUUAGGGGAUCUAUACCAACAGAGCUUGGGGAGUUAACACAAUUGACUGAGCUGGAAUUGGGAGCAACAGGCAUUUCUGGCACUCUUCCAAGAGAGCUCGGGCUUCUGACGAAACUUGGCCAAAUCAGACUCAUUCAAAACAAUUUAUUGGGGUCUCUUCCUUCCGAGCUUGGCAAAUUGGGCAACAUUACAAGAUUCAUGUUGCAUGGGACACAUCUUACAGAAAAGCUAGAUGUGAUUGCAUGUCCUAAACUGAACAUGGACUUUGUUCUUUCAGAAAUUGCCGAGAAUUUUCAACAGCUGCAAUGGCUCGUGCUCGUCCAAAGAGCACGCGGGGACAAGAUGCCAAUUCCAUCUCAUCUUGGCAAAUUGCCCAAACUAGCUGCUCUGACUUUGAACGACUGGAAUAUAUCUGACACAGUACCAAGCAACUUUGGGGAUUUGGCAUUGUUAAUAACGGACUCAUUUACAAGCUUACUGACUACUAUAAGGCUUCGUCUAAUCACUUGUCGUCGGGAUUUGGCAUUGUUGAAUAGAUUGAACCCGGAAAAUAAUUCCAUUUCUGGGACUUUUCCACAGAUGUUAUUCAAAUUGACAAAUAUGGCUUAUUUAUUUCUUGGUUCCAACAAUCUAGAGGGCAAGCUCCCAUUGGGUUUCUUUACACAGCUCACCUAG